ACCCUGCACAAAUUAGAAAAAUCGAAAGAAAGAAAAUUAAAUUUACCACCAGAGCUUAUAAUUGAUUGAUUCAGAACGGGCAGGAAGUUGGGUUGGAGUUGGGUUGGAGUUGGACUGUUGCCAGGGCAAAGGGUAAAAGACGACUGACAGGUGAGAAUUUGUUCCCAUAACGACCUUCUUUCCUCUCCUUAUUUUCAUCAGAUACAUACAUACAUGCCUGUUUUGCCUCUGCUGCAAUCAAUCCAUUGAUCAACCCUACUACUCCGCCGAUGGUUCCUGUCCGAUUUGUCGCCGGCAUCGUAUAGCAUACAAUCUCUACGUCUAUUUAUGUAUAGAUGUACUCCAGCAAUCUUAAAGGAGUCAUUCUGGCUAUGGUCUCCAGCGCCUUCAUAGGAUCCAGCUUCAUCAUCAAGAAAAAGGGUCUCCGGAAGGCCGGGGUCAACGGUCCCCGUGCCAGCUCCGGUGGAUAUGGUUACUUGUUGGAGCCGCUCUGGUGGAUUGGCAUGGUCACUAUGAUUGUUGGGGAGAUAGCCAAUUUUGUUGCAUACAUCUAUGCACCAGCUGUGUUGGUAACUCCGCUCGGUGCAUUGAGUAUCAUUGUUAGUGCUGUUUUAGCACAUUUCAUGUUGAAGGAGAAACUUCAGAAAAUGGGGAUGGUGGGAUGUCUUUUGUGCAUAGUAGGUUCCACUGUGAUUGUGCUUCAUGCACCUGAGGAGCAAUCAAUUGAUUCGGUUGAAGAAAUAUGGGAAUUAGCUACCCAACCAGCAUUUCUUUUGUAUACAGCCUCAGCAGUAGCUACUGCAUUGGUACUCAUAUUGUACUGUGCACCUCGCUAUGGCCAAACCAACAUAAUGGUUUACAUUGGAAUAUGCUCAAUAAUUGGAUCAUUGACAGUUAUGAGUAUUAAAGCCAUUGGUAUUGCAAUAGAACUAACAUUAGAGGGCCAAAAUCAAGCUAAAUACUAUCAGACUUGGAUUUUUGCUAUGGUUGCAAUUACUUGUAUCAUCACUCAGUUAAAUUAUCUGAACAAGGCAUUGGAUACAUUCAACACAGCUCAUGUUUCUCCUAUCUAUUAUGCCCUGUUCACAUCUUUUACAAUGCUGGCCAGUGCAAUAAUGUUUAAGGAUUAUUCUGGUCAAAGUGCAAGCAGCAUUGUAUCAGAGCUUUGUGGGUUUAUCACUGUGUUAUCUGGGACUGCUGUACUGCAUAGUACUAGAGAUCCAGAUCCACCUCUACUCACAGAUCUAUACACCCCAUUAUCUCCAAAGGUCUCAUGGUACAUUCAAGGCAAUGGUGAACUUUGGAAGCAGAAGGAUGAAGAUGGAUCAUCCCCUAGCUUUAUCACAAUUCUCCGGCAAGACUACUUCAAGUAAAUGAGUUAUGGUUUGGCAUCCAAGUUUAAAUUUUUGCUGUGUCUCAUUGAUACAGCAUCGAGAAUCAUUUAUACACUUGUGCAGGCAAAAGUAAUGGUAAUUCUUUUUUUUUCUUUAGAUGUUUUCCCCAUUUUAGUUUUUAGUUAAUUUAGUGUGUUGAACCAAAUUAUGUUUGAUUCCAUUUUGUUGUGCAGUGGUCUCCUAUUCAUAGUUCCUUCACCAUAUUUGAAAGUUUUCUUUUCCAUUUCCAACUUUUUCUCUCUUUUCGCGAUGUGUAGUCUCAUAGCUUUUUAUGUACAAACAAGUUGCAUAUAUGUGGUGUGUAAGCUCUUUGAAGUGAGGUAACCCAUGUAAUUUGGUUUAUGUAAUUUGAUUUAUUAAAUUUUUUUAUUAAAGAAACUGUUUCUUCAAAAAACCUAAAAUGGCACACGCAAGGCAAAUUUGAACGUGGGGUGUACCACUCGCUCCUGUAAAGCAAUAAAAGAAGAUUUUCUGAGCUCUAUUCGUGAUGUCAACCCCUGUUAGGAUGGUGAAAGAACGUUGGUUUAAAGUUGAAUUGUGCCUUUAGUU